UGGAAUCGGCUCAGUUCAACUCCCACAAUCACCUCCAUGAGGCGGGAUGCCUAUUUUUUUGAUCCCAAGAUACCAAAGGAUGACCUGGAUUUCCGUUUAGCAGCCUUGUACAACCACCACACUGGAGCAUUCAAGAACAAAAAUGAGAUACUGGAACACCAAGAGACGGUUCAGGAUACCCAUGGAAUCACCAAGAUCCCGGAAGAAUUUUUACCACCUCCCCCACCACCUCCUAUCACAUCACUGGCUAACAUUAGACACUGGAUCAACCCCAAGAAGGAGUCCAUCCACAGCAUCCAGGGUUCCAUAGUGUCCCCUCACACUGCAGCCACCAAUGGAGGUUACUCCCGAAAGAACGAUGGUGGCUUCUUCUCCACCUAG